AUGGAUAAAGGCGUUACUACAGCCGGUGUUAACAGAAAUGGCGACUACCAACAUAACGCCCCAUCUCAAGGGGAACCAGAUAUAAUUGAAACUGAAGUAAACAGAUACCAGAUCCCCAAGUCCAAGGAAGACUUGAAUAGCAUUUUGACACUGUACUACAAAUUAUUGGUUGGUACUAAAGAAUGGAAUGGGGACUAUUUGAAGGGUGAUGUUGAAGGACAGCCAGAUGAUCCAUAUGGCCCCGAAAAGGCUGAAAUAGAAUCUAUUUUAUCCAAAAUUGAUAAACAACAAAAACGAUUUGAAGACGAGGAGUCAGAGUUUAUGAAUGAGUUACUGAAUAUCGAGUUGAACCAACAAGGGGAACUAGACUUGGAGUUAUUAGGCAAACAAGUGGCUGGAUUUUCGUUAUUGUCAAGGGACUAUGACCUUCCCGAGAGUUUACAACGACAGUUUGUCAAGGACGUUCCACGCAAAGAAACCCAGUCUUUUGUCGACAAGGCUGUUGCCGAACUAACAAAUAUAAGUGUGGAUUUCGAAACCAGAGCGAAAGAAUCGGGAAUCGAGGCAAAGUCACCGUUGACGGCCCCAGACCCAAAGCAUGCACCAUUAGGUAAUCUUUACGUUGAAAAGAUAAUAACAACUAAAAUCGCGCAAAGAUUGAAGGAACUCGAAAAUCUUCCAGCCAACAUUGGUACAUUUGAUGGUGACACACUCGAUGAUGUAAAAAUCAAAGCUUUGAUAGAGUUGAAAGGGCUUCGAUUGUUGAAUAAGCAGAAACAGCUCAAGCAUGCCAUUAUUUCUCAUGAAUCUCAACAGGUCAAGUAUGUCCAUCCUCAUCUCAAAAACCUUCCAAUCUGCUUGCUGGAAAAGAGGUCAUUUAGUCUAAGGUCUAAGAUUGAGCAGCAAAACCCCCAAUUAUUAGCAGUACAGUUGGAGCAAUUGAAGAAAGAGGAAGCCAAGGAGUUGAAACGGCAAUUACAUAUUGCCAAAGUUGACCAGAUUCUAGAGAGCUCUCUUGAAAAGAGUAAUGAAAAAUUGGUUGUUAGCAACUAUAGAAGUUACCAUUUGCCAAAGCAGAUUAACAACUUCCAUCAGAUAACUGAAAAGGAAGAGAGCAAGAAACUUGAAAAGAAUGCCAAACUGAGAUUACAAGCUUUGAAAGCCAACGAUGAGGAAGCUUACCUCAAGUUGUUGGAUGAAACAAAGGACCACAGAAUUACACAUCUUUUGAAGCAAACCAACCAGUUCUUAGACUCAUUAACCGAGCAAGUGCGAGCCCAACAAGAUGAAGCAGACGGGAAUUUGGGAACACCAAGAAGCGCUAGUCCAGAAGUUAUGGCAACUACCGCUGCGAUAACUGAAGAUGGUUCAGGCGGUGUACUUGUUAAUAGUAAAGAUGAAUUGCGUGAAAAGACGGAUUAUUAUGAAGUUGCUCAUAAAGUUAAGGAAAAAAUUGUCGAACAGCCUACCAUAUUAGUUGGUGGUAAGCUAAAAGAAUACCAGAUUAAAGGGUUGGAGUGGAUGGUUUCGCUUUACAAUAAUCACCUUAAUGGUAUUUUGGCCGAUGAGAUGGGUUUGGGCAAAACAAUCCAAUCGAUAUCUUUGAUAACCUAUCUUAUUGAAAAGAAACACGAGUCUAAGUUCUUGGUUAUUGUACCACUUUCAACAAUAACAAAUUGGACAUUGGAAUUUGAGAAAUGGGCUCCAUCAGUUAAAAUUAUCGUUUACAAGGGUUCACAGCAACAACGAAGGUCGUUGCAAUCAGACGUAAGGUAUGGGAAUUUCCAAGUAAUGCUUACAACUUAUGAAUAUGUUAUACGUGAACGUCCGUUGCUCGCUAAAUUCCAUUACUCCCAUAUGAUUAUUGAUGAAGGGCAUAGGAUGAAGAAUGCAAACUCCAAGCUUUCUCAAACGUUAAGACAGUAUUAUAAGACGAAGAACAGAUUAAUUUUGACUGGUACGCCAUUGCAAAACAAUUUACCCGAAUUAUGGGCAUUGCUAAACUUUGUGUUGCCCAAAAUUUUCAACUCGGUCAAGUCCUUUGAUGAGUGGUUCAACACCCCAUUUGCAAACACUGGAGCCCAGGAAAAGAUUGAGUUGACGGAAGAAGAGUCAUUGUUGGUUAUUCGAAGAUUGCACAAAGUUUUAAGACCAUUCCUUUUGAGAAGAUUAAAGAAGGAUGUUGAAAAGGAUUUGCCCGAUAAGGUUGAAAAAGUGUUGAAGUGUAACUUAUCGGGAUUGCAAUAUGUUCUCUACCAACAAAUGUUGAAACACAAUGCAUUGUUUGUGGGGGCUGAAGUAGGAGGUGCCAAGAGCGGUAUCAAAGGUUUGAACAACAAGAUUAUGCAAUUGAGAAAAAUUUGUAACCAUCCAUUUGUGUUUGAGGAAGUGGAAACAGUAUUAGAUUCGCUGAAAUUGACCAACGACUUAAUUUGGCGAACAAGUGGUAAAUUCGAAUUAUUGGAUCGUAUCUUGCCCAAGUUUAAAAAGAGUGGGCAUCGUGUUUUAAUGUUUUUCCAAAUGACGCAGAUCAUGGAUAUCAUGGAGGAUUUUCUUCGAUUCAGAGACUUGAAAUAUUUGAGAUUAGAUGGUUCUACCAAGGCUGAUGAGCGUCAAGAUAUGUUGAAGGUGUUUAAUGCACCAGAUUCCGAUUAUUUCUGCUUUCUUUUGUCAACACGUGCUGGUGGUUUGGGCUUGAACUUGCAAACUGCUGAUACUGUGGUCAUUUUCGAUACUGAUUGGAAUCCUCACCAGGAUUUACAGGCCCAGGAUCGUGCCCAUAGAAUAGGUCAAAAGAAUGAGGUCCGUAUUUUGAGAUUGAUCACCAAUGAUUCAGUUGAGGAAGUGAUUUUGGAAAGAGCACAUCAGAAAUUGGAUAUUGACGGUAAGGUUAUUCAAGCAGGUAAGUUUGACAACAAGUCCACUGCUGAAGAGCAAGAGGAGUUUUUGAAACGUUUGCUAGAAGCAGAUGCAACUGGCGGUGACAAUGACGAAAACGAUUCGCUUGAUGAUGAGGAGUUGAAUGAAAUUUUGGCAAGAUCAGAGCAAGAAAGGGAAUUGUUUACGAAAUUAGAUGAAGAGAGAAAACAGCAUGAUCAAUAUGGUCAACAUAGGUUGAUUGAAAAGGAUGAGUUGCCAAAGAUCUUUACCGAAGACAUUUCCCAUCAUUUUGAGAAAAACACUGAGGAACUUGGUCGGAUGAGAGAAAAGAAAAGAGUCAUGUACGAUGAUGGAUUGAGUGAAGCCCAGUGGUUGAAGGCGAUGGAUGAUGAUAAUGAUAGUGUUGAGGAUGCCAUCAAGCGCCGUAUGUCUCGCAUCAAUGCAAGAAAAAGAAACAAGGCAAGCAGAGAAGGACUUUUGGUUGAGGAUAUAAAUGAUGAUGAAGUCGGUGAGGAGGACGAUGAAGAUUUUGAAGCUGUCGCCCAGCCAAGGAAGAGACAACGUCGUUCAAAAACUCCGGUUGCCAGCUCCACCAAGGAUGAACAAGACAAAUCCGAAGGUUCAGAAUUUGAGGGCGAUGUUACGAACGAGGUUGCAACCAAUGGAAGCGGUGCAUCUGACGACUUAGAAGCACAGUGUCUUGCCGUCUUGGAUGAAAUUAUGGAGUUAACCGAUGAGUCGGAUGGCCAUAAACUAAGUGAAUUGUUUGUGAAAUUGCCGUCAAGGAAAUUGUACCCCGAUUACUAUUCCGUCAUAAAGUAUCCAAUUUCCCUCAAUCAAAUGAGAAAGAAGAUCCAAAAUGAAGUAUAUGGUUCAUUUGAUGAAUUCGUUGUCGAUGUAAAACAAAUGUGCUUGAAUGCAAAGACAUUCAACCAAGAAGGGUCUUUUGUGCACGCUGACGCUAUAGUGAUAGAGGACUUGAUAGAUUCAAAAGUGAAUCGUGGGUGA